AGCCUGAAGAAGGAGGAGGGAGGAAAGAAGAGAGAGAGAGAAAAGAAGCAGCAGCAGUAGCAGCGAGUGCUAUGAGUGAGAAAGUGCUGUGUGGAUGAAGGAGCAAUAGCAUCAUUCACUCACACCAAGGGACAGAGAAGGCAACUCACUGAGGACUCAUUGCCACCUGAACCCCUGCUAAGUCUCAGUAUUGGCAACAUUCUAAAAGGAGAACACAAGCAUCUUCUGCUUCAAGACUUCACUGGCAUCACCUGCCUUCAUUGGAUAUUUUUUUUCUUGCUUUUUUAAGUAGUGAUUUUUUUUUAAAGCUGUGUGACUCCCAUUAUUAUUGGAUUUAUUAGAAGGUGGGAGACAAAGGGAAGAGGAUCUCCAAUCGCGGCCAGCCCUGAUGUAGAGGGGGGAAGGCUUGUUUCUCCGUUAUCCAGAUCCCAGAAGCAGGCAGGAGAGGGACUCCUCCCGGGGGGUGGGUGGGAACUGCAGGAGGAUCUAGUGGAAAUCACCCAGUGCUUUUUUUUUUACCUCCUGCUGUCCCCCCUUUGUAUUAAUAUUAUUUUUUUAUUGUUACAAUUGUUUUAUUUUUGCUGCUGAUGAUUGUCUGUCCGUGUCUCCCGCUGUAACCAGAAAGCACACACACAGCAGCAGGACUCCAUCUAGCUGCCUGCCGUUUUCGGGCUGUGUUUCUAUUGAAGCCAUCGUGUCCUAGUGUCAUUACCCCAUUCACCAUGUGCCGGAGAGAGCUGAGAGGGCGCUUCCUGCUGCAGACCCUCCGCGUCCUAGCGGCCCUGAUACUGCACCAGGGACCAGCUGAAGCACUCGGGGGAUCUAGAUUAUGCAAGACAGGAUUUCUUGAGGAUGUCUAUCACGCCAGUGUCUACAGAAGCGUACAUGAAGGGCAACCUCUACUAAAUGUAAUGUUUACGGAUUGUGGUUCUGAUCAACGGAUACGAUUUGAAACCAGCAACCCUUCUGAUUUUCGGAUCGAUGGUGAUGGAGUGGUGUUUGCCACAAGAACUUUUGACAUUUCUCCUGAGCAAACAGAGUUUUUGGUUUAUGCCCAAGAUGAAGAUACAAGAGAACUUUGGCAUGUGACAGUGACAAUUCUCCUAAAGCCACAACAUGCACAGGAUCUACUUCAGGGUUCUCAUAAACUUAGAGAAAUUAAAUUCCCACCAGUACGUAAGCACAAUGGCAGUCUCCAAAGAAGGAAAAGGGAUUGGGUUAUCCCACCAAUAAAUGUACCAGAAAACUCAAGGGGAACAUUUCCUCAGGAAUUAGUAAGAAUCAGGUCUGACCGUGACAAAAGUCUUUCUCUGCGGUACAGUGUAACUGGCCCAGGAGCUGACCAACCUCCAAUUGGUGUCUUCAUUAUCAAUCCAAUCUCAGGACAGCUCUCUGUGACAAAGCCUUUGGAUCGUGAACAGAUUGCUACUUUUCAUCUGAGGGCACACGCAGUUGAUGUAAAUGGAAACCAGGUGGAAAAUCCCAUAGACAUUGUGAUCAAUGUAAUAGAUAUGAAUGACAACCGGCCAGAAUUCUUGAAACAAGUUUGGAACGGAUCUAUUGCAGAAGGAUCAAAACCAGGAACUUAUGUGAUGACUGUCACAGCGAUUGAUGGUGAUGAUCCUAGACAACCAAAUGGCAUGCUGAGAUACAAAAUUCUGUCUCAGUCUCCGAACAGCCCAAGUGACAACAUGUUCACAAUCAAUAAUGAAACUGGUGAUAUUAUCACAUUGGCAGCAGGGCUCGAUAGAGAGAAAGUGCAGCGAUAUACGCUAAUAAUUCAAGCCACAGACAUGGAAGGAAACCCAACGUAUGGUCUUUCAAACACAGCAACUGCUGUCAUUGCUGUGACAGAUAUCAAUGACAACGCUCCUCUGUUUACAUCAGCAACUUUUUACGGUGAAGUGCCUGAAAAUAGAGUUGAUGUUGUGGUAGCAAAUUUAACUGUUUCAGAUAUGGAUCAGCCGCACACUGGGGCAUGGAACGCAGUGUAUAAAAUCAUCCAUGGAGAUCCAAAUGGGAAAUUCGUAAUUAGGACAGAUGCAAAUACUAAUGAUGGUCUUGUUACGGUUGUAAAACCAAUUGAUUAUGAGACCAAUAUGAAAAUUUCGCUCUUAGUAGUUGCCGAAAACCAAGUUCCUUUAAUUAGAGGCACGCCUCAUCCUCCUGCAUCAACAGCAACAGUCAUGAUUACAAUCAUUGAUGUAAACGAGAGCCCAUACUUUAUUCCAAAUCCCAAUAUUCUCCGCCAAGAAGAGGGUCUGUUACCUGGAAACAAGCUUGUAGUUUUUACUGCUCAAGAUCCGGACCGGUAUAUGAAACAAAUAAUUAAAUACUCAAAGCUUUCAGAUCCUGGAGAAUGGCUUAAAAUUGACCCUAUGAGUGGACAAAUAACCACAAUUGCUGUUCUGGACAGAGAAUCCAUGUAUGUGAAAAACAAUAUGUACAAUGCUACAUUCCUGGCAACAGACAGCGGAACUCCACCCAUGACGGGCACUGGAACAUUGCAGAUCUUUUUAUUGGACAUUAAUGAUAAUGCUCCCCAUGUUUACCCACAAGAAGUGCAGAUCUGUGAAAGGCCAGAUCCAAAUGCAAUUAACAUUACCGCCAGUGAUGCUGAUAUAAAUUCCAACGCUGGUCCUUUUAUUUUCGAACUUCCCUAUAGCCCGAUGGAUAUUAGAAAAAACUGGACAAUCACACGACUUAACGGUGAUCAUGCACAGCUAAGCUUGAAGACUGGAUCACUGGAAAAUGGAAUCUAUACCAUUCCCGUACAAAUCACAGAUUCAGGGAAUCCUGCUAUGUCCAACACCUCCUACCUAAGGGUUAAAGUGUGUUCUUGUGAUAUGAAUGGCUACUGCAGUGAUGUUGCUCCUAUAAUUGGAACUGGUCUGGGAACAGGAGCCAUUAUUGCUAUCCUUCUUUGUAUCAUAAUUCUGCUCACAUUGGUUUUGAUGUUCGUGGUAUGGAUGAAGCGUCGUGACAAAGAACGUCAAGGCAAACAGCUUCUUAUUGACCCAGAGGAUGAUGUCAGGGAUAACAUUUUGAAGUACGAUGAAGAAGGCGGAGGAGAAGAAGACCAGGACUAUGAUUUAAGCCAAUUGCAACAACCUGACACGAUGGAACCAGAUACAAUCAAACCAGUUGGAAUCAGACGUAUGGAUGAAAGACCAAUACACGCAGAACCCCAAUACCCAGUCCGAUCUGCUGCCCCUCAUCCUGGAGAUAUUGGAGACUUUAUAAACGAGGGUUUGAAAGCUGCAGACAAUGACCCCACCGCCCCACCCUAUGACUCCCUUUUAGUCUUUGACUAUGAAGGUAGUGGCUCUACUGCUGGAUCUCUAAGCUCCUUGAACUCGUCAAGUAGCGGUGGAGAGCAAGAUUAUGAUUACCUAAAUGACUGGGGCCCUCGCUUCAAGAAACUUGCCGAUAUGUAUGGUGGAGGAGACGACUGAAAUUUGGAUUGAACUUUUGUUUUGUGGACAAGAAAAAAAAAAACAACAACAAAAAAACAUUUGACCUGAUAUUCCCAAAAAGCGUAAAGAAGCUUGGCUUUAACCUUGUAGUCUACUAGCACAAGUGCUUGUUUGAAGGCUUUGGCAUAGGCUGCAAACCAAUUUGGGCUCAGUGGGAAUAUCAGUACUCCAAUACCGUUUGGAAAAAAAAAAUUGGUUGAGCUCAGUUACACUUGAAUUUUACAGUACAGAAGCACUGGGAUUUUAUGUGCCUUUUUGUACCUUUUUCAGAUCGGAUUUAGUUUUAUGUUCAACGCUUUAAUGGUACUGAUUUCUGAAAAGGUGAAAAGACAAGGUAUGUUGUGGGUGGGGUGACCUAAGUAAUCAAGAUAUCCUUUGUCACGCCUUUUUUUUUUUUUUUACAUUGCAUUGCUUUUGUUAAAAUCUGGACUAGAAAAAACAAACACAUUUCAUUAGAGUAAGUUUGUUAGCUGCAAAGAUACCAUGUGGGUGACAUGUACAGUGCAUUAUUUCUAGUUUUAGAUGUUAAGGAUUUUCAUUAAAAUUUUCAGAUUUUUGCAGUUGAUUGCAGACAAAGGGAGUUGUCAUAUCAGCGGUUUAUAACAUUAUUGAGUUUUCUUUUGUAGCAUAAUUGAUUUUUUUCUCACAAGAUAGAGAUAUUAGGCACAUUUUGGUCUUAAUCAAUGUAUACUUUUCUUUUUUCAUUUGCAAUUUUUUUUUCACGUCACUGUAAAAACGGUAUGUGUACAUAAUGUUUUAUCAGCAUAGUCUAUAAAGACGAUUAAAAGCUUCGGAACAUGUGUAUGUAUUAUUUGGACUAUGAAUCCAGGUUUUGCAUGUUUAUAUCUUUUCUUUAUGGAUAAAGUAUUUACAAAACAGGUUAAAACACAAUUUUGUUCAAUCAAUCAAACUGUAGAUUCAAUACACAAUUUUUUUUUAAAAUAUUUUUUUGGGAGGGUAAGAAAAAGUUCUUAGCACAAAUGUUUUACAUAAUUUGUACCAAAUAAAUUAAAAAAGAAAAAAAGAUAGGGGUAACCUGAACUGGUGGCACUACUAAUACAUGUUUAAGGGGGUGGGAAGCUUUUACACUGGAAAGACUUUGACAAAAGCUUUGCCUCUGUAUUGUGUACCAGAAUAUAAAUGAUGCACCUCUGACCCCAACAUUCUGAAUAAAAUGCUAAUUUUGGA